AUGGUAUUAAAAUCUACAUCUGCUAGUGAUAUAUCCGUGUAUCAAGUUUCUGGUACAAACGUAUCUCGUUCCUUACCAGAUUGGAUUGCUAAAAAACGUAAAAGAUCUUUGAAAAAUGAUCUAGAAUAUCAAAAUAGAGUUGAAUUAAUUCAAGAUUUUGAAUUUAGUGAAGCUUCGAACAAGAUUAAAGUAACUCCAGACCAACAGUAUGUUAUGGCCACAGGUACUUACAAACCUCAAAUCCAUCUGUAUGAUUUUGAAAAUUUGUCACUAAAAUUUGAUAGACAUACCGAUGCAGAAAAUGUGGAUUUCUUAUUUUUAUCUGAUGAUUGGACCAAGAGUGUACAUUUGCAAAAUGAUAGAUCCAUUCAAUUUCAGAAUAAAGGUGGUCUUCACUAUACCACGCGUAUCCCCAAGUUUGGUAGAAGCAUUAGUUAUAAUAAAGUUAAUUGUGACAUCUAUGUAGGUGCCAGUAGUAACGAACUUUAUAGAUUAAAUUUGGACCAAGGUAGAUUUUUGAAUCCUUUUAAGUUAGACUCAGAAGGUGUAAAUCACGUUACAUGUAAUGAUAUCAACGGGUUGGUCUCAGUGUCUAUGGAGAAGAAUAUUGUGGAAUUUUGGGAUCCAAGAGCCCGUUCCAAAGUAGCUAAAUUAUUUUUAGAAAAUCCAUUCGAUAAUAGUCCAUUUCAAGUAACUACAUCUAGUUUCCGUCAGGAUGGUUUGAAUUUUGCAUGUGGUACAUCUAAUGGUUACACAUAUCUUUAUGAUUUGCGUACAUCUGAACCAUUGAAAACCAAGGAUCAAGGUUAUGGAUUUGAUAUAAAAAAGAUUAUUUGGUUAGAUAAUGUAGGUGUAGAGAAUAAAAUACUUACCUGUGAUAAAAGAAUUGCCAAAAUUUGGGAUAGAUUGGAUGGUACAGCCUAUGCAUCUAUGGAACCAAGUGUUGAUAUUAAUGAUAUCGAACAUAUUCCAGGUACAGGUAUGUUUUUCACCGCAAAUGAAGGUAUCCCAAUGCAUACAUAUUAUAUCCCACAUCUGGGCCCAUCCCCAAAAUGGUGUUCCUUCUUAGAUUCCAUUACUGAAGAAUUAGAGGAGAAACCAAGUGAUUCUGUCUAUUCCAAUUACAGAUUUAUCACUAAAGAUGAUGUUAAUAAAUUAAAUAUUAGACAUCUUGUUGGCUCUAAAGUUCUUAGAGCAUAUAUGCAUGGUUAUUUCAUAAAUACGGAAUUAUAUGAUAAGGUUGCUUUGAUCUCUAAUCCAAAUGCAUUCAAAGAUGAAAGAGAGAGAGAAAUUCGGCGUAGAAUUGAAAAGGAAAGAGAAUCUAGAAUUAGAACUUCAGGUGCAGUACAGAAACCAAAGAUUAAAGUCAAUAAGAAUCUUGUUGAAAAAUUAUCGCAAAAACGUGGAGACUCUGUGGCUAGUAAGGUUAUUGAAGAUGACCGUUUCAAAGAAAUGUUUGAGGAUGAAGAUUUCCAAGUUGACGAAGAAUCUUAUGAUUACAAACAGUUGAAUCCAGUUAAAUCUUCAAAGGAGACUGAUGAAGGUGCAGCUAAACGCAUUAGAGCAUUGACUGCUGCUGAAGAAUCUGAUGAGGAAAGAAUUGCUAUAAAAGAAGGAAGAGAUGAGGAUUCUGAAGAUGAAAGUGAUGAAGAAGAUGAGGGAGACGAAGAAAAUGAAAGUGAUGAAUUAGAUGAACAAACAAAGAGAAAAAUACAGAAACAAACUGCAGCAUUAGAACGUAGAAAAAGAGAGAAGGAAGCCUCAGAGAAAUUUAUGACUCAAUUAAGUGUCUCUAAUUCUGUUUUUAACAGUAAAGUUAAUGAGGGUAUAGAGAAGAAGGUUACAUUUGGGGAUCAAGUUACAAAGCUCAAUAAAGAAAAGCUUGCUAAGAAGAAUGAUACCUCUGUGUUACAUCGUAAUCAUCGUGGGGAAGCUGAACUUACAUUUAUUCCAAAGAAGAGGGAAAGAAAACAGAAAGUCAAGAAACACUCUGAUAUAGAUAGUUCAGAUGAUGAAUCCAAGAAGGAUAAUGGUAGAACUAAACAAAGAUAUACAGGAAGAAGAAGUGCUAGUAAAAAUACCUUCCGUGGUAUGUAA